AUGAUGCCCGAGAUGGGCCCGUGGCUCGUGGCCUUGGCACUGGGGCCGGCAGGGGUGUGGGGGCAGCUCAGGCUGGAGGAGACCGGCGGAGGGCUGCGAGCACCCGGGGACUCCGUGCUCCUCUCCUGCCGCGGAUACGGCUUCAACUUCAGGGUUUACACCAUUCUGUGGUACCGUCAGGCACCCGGAGGCGGAUUCGAGUGGGUGUCCUCAAUCCAUCCCCAAUCGACUGAAACAGCAGCAGCGGUGGAAGGUCGAGUCAAUGUCUCUCGGGACAACUCCCGCUCUGAAGCAUCUCUGUCCCUGAGUGCGCUGCAGCCUCAGGACUCUGCUCGCUACUACUGUGCCCUCCUAUGGUGGGGCUCUUAUUAUCAGUGUGGUAAGCUGGUGUUUGGAAGUGGUACGACUCUCACGGUUGAACCAAACAUCCAAACAAGUUCUGUCCCACAAGUCAUUUUGAUGAAAUCAAAGAAACUGAAAGAAGAUGACAGCACUAGGAAAGCAGCUUGUUUGGCAAGGAAUGUCUAUACGAAGAACAUCAGCUUGGACAUGUCCUCUAAUGAAGUCGUAUAUGAACCAAGUGCAUCCAUUUUGACACCGGAGGGGUUGUAUGAUACUAUUAAGGUGGUGAGUGUGACAAGUGGCACAGAGGUGAGCUGCACGGCCAGUAUCAACAGCAGCACCAUCACAACCAGCACAAGCUUGGCAGAAGAGAAUGCUGAAGACCCAGAAAUGGGGGAGGUUUGCAAAACCACAGACACCUCUGCACAAGGUACCGAAGUGGAAAAAGCGAACAUGCUGUCUAUGGCUGUAUUGGGUUUAAGAGUCCUGCUGGCAAAAAGCAUCGCCUUCAAUACACUCAUGAGUAUCAAGCUGUUUCUUUUCUGAGACAGUGAAGAAGCAAGGCAACAGCAACCUGAAAACAAGCAGGAGGGAGAGUGUAUCAGCAGCACAAUGGGAUGAACAGCCAGUGUCAUAUCUGCUGACUAUAACCAUCCAGAACACAAUACAGCACCUUCCCCUUAAGACUUUUUAUUCUGUUGGAUCCUGCCUAGCUGAUUUAAAGAGUUGUAACCACUUUUGCUAUUUCUUUUCUCUCUGUGCUUGAGGAGAGUGUAUUUUUCCUCAUUCUUUUGCUAAGCAGAAUUUGAAUAGCCUUUGAAUCGAUGCAGCUCACCUACUUCAAUAGUUUUGAAAAAUCCAAUCCUCAUUAUAGGCAUAUGAUACUUUUAAAAUAUCUUUUAGAGGCAUAUUGCAUUACUGUCUGUGAACUGAUGUCUUGCAGUUGAGAGAACUGAGGCAAAGUAGAUGCUAUUUGCACCUUUAAUGUAUUUUAGAUAGCUUUAAUAACAAUAAUUUUCUAGAGUAGAAGAGAAGACCUGGGUUGCAUCUCAAGUUAUUCACUUCAACCAGAUAAUAUUCAACCAUAGAAGCAUUUCUUUAUUAAACCUGUAUUUCUUCUGCAAAGUGUAUGGCAUGUGCAUUUUAGGUU